CAUUUUUUCCCCAACUCCUUCCUUCUUUUAAAUGCUCAGACAUAGUGAAAGUGAAACAGUGCCACAGUCUCUCCCGGCAAACAAAGAGGUGAAGGUGCUGGAGGUGUUGGGCAGGUGCGGACAGGCCUUUUUGUCCACUUUUUACAGCCCUUUUCAGACAGAAAAGGAGGAUGAAGAGCAGCACCAUUCUCAGAGGGAGCCCCUCGACCAGCACCUGCGUGAGGAACGGUGUCCCAGUCAGCUGAUGUGGGUGAGCUGGCCUGGACCUCUACCCUGUAGAGCUGCCCACCUGCCUCUGCAUCUCCCCUGGAUUUCCUGUAGCACGGAGCCGUUCUCAGUUUCAUUCCUGUGCCAUUCCUGUGGAUCAUUCCUGUGCCAUCCCAGCUCGCCGUGGAGGGGAUCAGUUUGUGAUUACCAUCAACCUGUUUGGUAAACCUCUCGUUGAAAGACAAGGAAAAUAGAAAUAUGGAGUUAGACCAAAUGACCGUGACCUCAGAACCAGCCUCUCCGACGAGCAGUGCCGGGGAGGAAAAGAUGGAGGUUACUUCCGAACUGGGCAGCCCAACUUCACACAGCAGGGACAGUGGGUUCUUUGAAAGAAGUAUUAGAAGGUUAAGCAUCCGGAAAUCAAAACAAAGUCUGAACAAAGAGAGUGGAAAGGAAGAUACUGGCACUUGGAAAGGAAAAAGACUUCUGCGAUCAUUCAGGAGAUACGAGGAGAACAAAACCACGAUCUGUAACGGUGUAGAGAAGAUUAGUGAAAAUAAAGAAGCAGAGCCCAUUCAAGGAAAACCUCUUUCAGUAAUGGAAAUCAAUGAACUUAUUCAGAAAGGACAACUCUUGGAAGCAUUUGCAAGUAUCAAGUUAUUGGAAGAUGAGACUAUCUCUGAACGGGAUGCUGAGAAAUACAAAGAUAACCCACAGGAGCUUUUACGGAAAUCCAAGGAUGUGGAUUUGCUUUAUAACUCCAUCAGAGAUGCUAUCCAGUCCAUAGUGGAGGGAACGCUGGAAGCUUCCACCGUAGAGGAAACCAUGCUGACUUCCAUGGUGACUUUAAUUGGCCAUGAAGAAGCAGCUCAUCCCAACACAGACGAAGCUGUUCAUCCUGGGUCAGACUUGCUUGGCAGGCCCAGGAAGUGGAGGGAGACGUGGAGGGAAGCAAUCAACAAGAGUGCUGAAAAAAGAGUCCUGAAGGCACCCAUGGCAUCAAAGGAAGAAGAUAGUUCUUGGCUUGAUCUCCACUUAAACUUCCUCCAGAAACUCGUGAGGGAAGAUUUACUGAAAAUCAAGUUAUCAGUAAAAAAGUGCUAUCCCGAGGAGUACCAGGUGUGUGACACAUACGUGGAGGCUUUUCAUAAGGCCAUUGCCUCACAUUUGCAACACCUCUGCCAGGGACUGCUGGAUUUCAAUGAACUCUACACCUUGCUCAACUGGGUGGCCAACACCUACCACAGUGAACUCUUUCUGGGUCACCCUGAUCUCAAACCAGAGGUUAAGACAGAAAACCUGUCCCUGCUGUUAACACCAGCUGACUGGGAUAAACUGAAAAACAACUACAUUGCUUCUGCAAAGGAGAAAAUCAAAAGUUAUUUUGGAAACAUCCUGAGACUAGAGGUCACAGAGAAGUGGGAGAAGGAAGUUCAUUCAGAAGUGAAGGAAAACCUCUACCACGCCUCGCUCUCCUUUGAUAUUCAAACGAUCAUUGGGGAGCACAUGAAGCUAUCUGGAGCUAUCAGCAGAAGCCUGGAAACAAAAAUGCUUGAACUGUGCAUGACAGAGCUGCUUGAAUUCAUACCAAGGUUUGAGAAGGAGUUUGAGAAGGCUUGGAGCACUGCCCAGGACAACCCCAUCUUUGCACCCUGUGUUGUUGCCUACAUCAACAGCUUCCACGACCUAAUGUCAGGGUUAGAAACAGAGUUUAAAGUCAACAUUGAGGAACUGCAGAAGAUUUUGGCAGCUCUGACAAGGAACUUCACAAAUAUUUUUCUAACAAAAUUAAGAACAAAAGCAGAGCCAUUCCUUAAGAAAAUCCUGACCAAGGACUGGAUUUUGGAUACAGCAAGGCCGGACUCACUGGCGUCAGCAGUCUCGCAGUUCUCCGAGCACCUGCAGCACAUGAGGAAGCCCACGGGUCAGGAGCUUCUACGUGAAGUUCAUAGAUACGUGGUGAAGGAAUAUAUCACACAGGUCAUCAAACACAGAUGGAGAAUGAACAGGGAGACACGGCAAAAAGUGAGCAAAAAGAUGGAUCUGGAAGCCAGAAUCUUUCAUAAUACUCUCAUUGAUCAGGGCUCUGACUCCGAGUGGCUCAUUCCCGCCAUACACCACAUUGCCAAGAUCAUUAAAGCGAAGAAAAAGGACAAGAUCAAGGUGUACGUCAAGAAGCUGUGUCAGAAUUAUCCAGAUAUCAGGUACAUGAAACGACAGAUGCCAGAACUGUUGGGCUCCAUCCCGAGCUCUUCACCUCAUUGUUGGCAGCCAUAUGUUAGAGGAAGGACCACAUCCUGGCCAUCCUCGCGCGCCGGGGGCUGGGGCGCACCAGGAGAGCGGCAAUUCUUCGUCAAGUCUGCCACAUGCUGGAAAGCUCCAAUGGAGGAGAGGGCAACACACUCUUCGCUGAAAUUGAUGUUCCGGUGGUCAUAUGCUGCUUCUAAAACAGAACCAGAACAGCAGUCAGCAUCCUCCCACCUCCUACGCUGCCUCUGCACAUGAUCUAAAAUCUGCUUCCCUCCCUUGCUCCUCUGCAAACCCAAAUUUUUGAUUGCCAUGGAGAAAGAAAUAGUUUUCUGAACUUGCUACCCUGAGUUCAGAACCCAAAGGCAACAGAGGCACCGAGACACCAACCUCCUGCAAGAGCCCCUGGGAAGCAGCUCCAGUUCAGACACUGUGUCUACCCUGUGUUCCAUACAGAUUCUAUUGUUGGGAGGCUGCUCUGUUGUUUGGUCCAAAAUUAAAUUUCUCUUCAUAGAAAACCAAAAGCAGUUCACUCAGAGCUAUAUUAAGGCUCGGACUGUGCUUUGCAUAAUUAUACAGCAGCAGAGCAAGAGCCUCCUUUGUAAUUAGUACCCGUGAGCAAUCAAGGGGCAGAGCUUGGGCAGGGAUGUGGUAGCACCCAAGUCUUAUUUCCUCCACUGUGAACCAGCUGGCCAAGCUGGCAUGAUGCAAGGCAGUGACGUUGUGACCUGAUGCCACAAACCACUACCUGCCUGAGGAGGAAAGCUUUGGGUAACCAAACCCCAUGGCUGGGACAUGUAGCACAUGGACUACUCUGCCCUCCAGGAUGGCCCUGGUGGUCCUUCAGGCAUUUCAGCAGAUUUUCCUCACUCACAGGCUGCCUUGGGAAACUCCUGUUGGACCGAAGGUCUGUUCAUGCCAUCACAGCCUCUCUGUGUGGACAGGCAUGUCUGGAUUGGAUGUGCCAUGUGGAGUGAAGCUCCAAGUUCUCCUUGACCUGAGGAAAAGGGUCAUCAUGCCUCUAGUCCAUUUUCUUGUAUGUUUAAACAUAUUUUAACAAAUCUGGUACAAUCUGACUGCAGUAUGAAACCAAAUGUGAGGUGGACAGACAUAGUGCUACAGAUCUGAUCCUCAUCUGGUGUAAGCCAGCAUCACCCCAUUGAUGGGCAUGGAACACCAUUGGUGUAACACCACGAGGGAUCCAAAGCAUCACAUCCAGCAUCUGCAGGGGAGACUAAAAGAGACAUCCAGCAGCCUAGAGAUGUACAAAUUUGAUUUUAUUUAAUUCAAUUUAUCCUUAGGUUGCCCUCCACAGCAAUAAAUCUGAGACUUUACAGAGAUGUGUUUAUGGUCUAUCAAUAAUCUGAUAAAUGUGGACAUGGCAUAGCCUUGAACAAUUAUUUGUCUACAGCAGAGCUUACAGCACCAGCACUGAGACUUUCAUUUCCUUUGCUUCAGGUUGCACCAGUAUAAAUUUCAGCCUGGGUGAGCAGCAGGCACUAGUGACAGGCCAAGGGAGCUGUUCUGAUGGAUGAGAAAUAAAGAGUGCGCCUUUUAUUCACAGUCAUCCUAUGAGAAUUUUUCUAAGAUAAACCUGCUAUCUCCACAGUCAAGAUAAGGUGUUCUUCUAAAGAUGGCUUUGAAAUAUCAUGGACAAAUUGACAGCUUGAGACAGGAAGUCCCAGAAGGAAUUUUCUGCCCUGCAUCUUUCUUCCAUACAGCUCAUGACAAUUCCUGCAGAUCCUCAGCUCGGUGACUCUUUGUAUUUGCUAUGGAGAAGGAGAAGUAAAAUAUCAUAUGCAUCUCCCAUUGGAUGUGCAGAGCUCAGGAACACUUUGGAGCUCCCCUUUCCUGUCCUGGGGUCAUGGUGAAUCAGGGAGCACUGGAUUACACCCCUCAUGGAUCUGUGAGCUACAUCCCCCAUCCCAGCAGAGGGGAAGAACACCAGUGCUGAGAGAUUAACAUUUAUUGUUAAAAGCAUUGACUAAAUGGCAGAAAUAAAAAGAUUUCUAGUUUUACAUGCUCAGUCACAGACUUCGAAGACUGCAACUUCAGUGGAGUGCAGGAUUUGAGGCACUAAAGCCUCAGUGGGAGUUUUUGUGCAUCAGAAAUUUCCCUCUGUCCCGUAUGCAUCUCUCAUCCAAGCACCCAACACAAGGGUUCUGUGGCACAGACAUUUUCCCAAGUGCAUUAUUUAAAUGUAUACUGGGUUUUCAAUCUUAUUAUUUGACUGGCAAACACUUCACAAAGCCUUUCCUCAGCCUCCAGAUGCCUGGCCCUAGGAUUAGAUAUGGAGCUCAGCUUCCGUUUUCUAAUAAAAGCAAGUUGCUACCCUGGAGUCAUGGAGGAAAGCUGGGCACAAUGGCCUGCCUUUUGUCAGAGCCUCUCCUGGGACACUCAGAUCCUGCAGCCUGGCAUCCUGUAAGCCAGUGACAGGCACAGAGCUGGCUUCCUCCAGGCUGCUGCUCUCCAGCUGCCUGCUCUUGAGCAAACCAGUUUAACCCGAUUAUGACAAGACUAUGGUUCAGCCCCUGUCCUGCCCCAACAGCCGUCCAAGUGGGGAGGGAGAUCCAGGGUGGGUCAGAAGCAGGGGUCUCCCUGGGCAGGGGGAUGCUUGGUCUGGGCUGCAGCGCAGACCCUGGAGCCAGUUAAACAAGGAGAGAGGAAGGACUGUGUGCUUUCCAAAAUGAGCUGCUGCUGUCCAGCUGUCUUCUGUAAAACAUUCAGUGUUCAUUACGCCACAUCUCACAUUCCAAAAACAAGAGAAGAAAGGCCUCUCAGGGCCUUUAAAUGUGAAAUAUGUUGCUCUGGUAGGAAAGUGCCAAGGAGCUCAAUUUUUAUCACCCUGUUACCUCCUCCUGCUUGUUGUUUCUCAGUGAAGAAAAACACCAUCAUAUCCAUUCCUACUCCAGCACACAGUUACAUUCCCCUCCAGGACACAGAGCUCACUUUUACCCCCAAGGACCCAAGCUACAUUAUGCAGAUGCAUCCUCUGGUGAAUCAAGCUGUCUUGAAAGUAUCCAGAUAAAUGGAAGAACCAAACUCUCUCCACAUUUAGUUUCUCAGUGGUGAACAAUGCAUUUUUUUUGGGGGGGGGAGGGAUGUGCAGAUUUGGCACAGCCGACAGUAUUGUGUGGGUGGUGAAAGAUAUUUUUUGUUUCAGAGGUCUCUGCUGUUUCACAACACUGUUUCUGGUUUGGGGUGAAAAGCAAGGGAACAGUGCCUGCAGCCAGGGUACAUGGGCUGGCAUUUACCAUCUGAGAGCAGCCUUUGGGUAACAUCAUUUCAUCAAUUUUGCUCUGUGAAGUUGUCCUUUCCUGGAAGGAAGAUAUGGAAAACAGGCUCACACAAAGCAAGAAAGGAGGAGUACCAAAACAUUGCAGUGAAUGCCCAGAAGGCUGUCCCUGAGCUGAAGCUCCUAAUCAGUCAGUCAAAAUACUCCCGAAAAAAGUCUUUUAGUGCAGCACCAUUAUAAUGCUUAGCUCCCUGUCAUGGUAUCUUUCAGAAAUGAGCUCUCAAUUGGGUGAAAAUAUUAAAGAUGAUCAGUGAGAAGCAGAUUGCAAUAUUCUGUCCACUUUAUGAGCUGGGCGAUGUGGCCCGACACUACCCAGCACACACAGUUGGGAUGAAAAGAGGUGCCAGAGCGUUAUUAUCUCAGGGGUGGCUGAAAAGUAAAGUUGUAUUAGUUUUAGGUUUAGCAGCUUUGGUGAUUAUAUACCACACUUCUCCAAAGUACUGAUGUUUAGCGAACGUUUAUCUUCUGUAUUUUGCAUCUUUCUCCAUGAAAUCUUGUUGUGGUUGGAUUCACUGCCCCAAAGCCAGUCAUUUUCAUUCUCUUGGUUCUGGGCAGAUACAGGAGUGCUCUGCUCAGUAUCAUCAUCCGUUUCCAUCCCUUAAGGACAAUUUUAUGUAAUACUGCUAAUGAUGACGUGACAUUAGCACUGGGACUGGUCCACCUCUCCCAUAAAACCUGUGCAAGAGAUCAGCCAGGCUGACAGGGCAUUGCUUUAAACUAUUUACUAUCACUGUUACAAUAAAAAACGGUAUUGGGAAAAGGUUAAGACUGAUGUACAUUAAUAUAUGGCAAAAGUGGAUUAAGAUAACCUUUACAAAACUACAAGAAUUUUCUCUAGUCCCACAGCCACAUAACUGUCUACUACCUGAGGAUACUGAGCACAUAAACUUUGUCUUCCUGCCUUCAUCCCUGUCACACAGAGCACUGCAAAUAGCCUCUAAUACUCUUUCAAUGUAGCACUCUCCAUUUAUAUUUGUAAAUUCAUACCAAGUCAUUCAAAUAUGUUAUCCAGAAAAGAAGUAACAUGUAAGGCAGAGAAACCUCUGAAAAAAAGGCUGUUGUAGUAUUUUUGCCAUCUUGAUACUACUUAAGUGAGAGUCUUAAAAUGUCAGUAAGGCUUUCUCUACCAACUGCACAGAGGUUGUACCUCUUGCUAAAUGAGGCAGGAAAAGUGUAUGGCAGAUUAAAGAUGAGCACCUAAUUCCCAAGAUGUCUGACCAGGCAUAGUUUAUGUUUGGCCAGGCAUGAAAUUGUGCCUGGCAGCACGAGUAGCCUGAGCUCCAUAAUGAGUGUGGGACUGGGGAGAUGCCAUGGCUUCAUUAGGAGACGCAGGAUUAUGCCUUGGUUCCCAGGACUGUGGGGAGACUGGCAUCAGGCAAGACAGAACUGUUUUUUCGUGAAAAGUGUUACACAAGUGCAGGAAAAGCAAACCAAACCAGAAGGCAGAAAGAUGUGGUUACACAGCUUGCCAAGCCAUCCCCCAGCUGCACUCAGUCCCUGGGGAUGGUGAAUGACAGCUGGGAGAAAAAUGCUGAGAAUCAGAAGGCGGCCCAGAAAACUGGAAUUAUUUCACAAACUGCAUCCACAGAGAAAGAGAGUUUUGCUUAACAUUGGUCACUGCAGAGCAGUGGCCUUCAACUUUUUGCUGCCUAUGGACUAAGGUAUUAUUUCCAGCGAAGGCACAGAGCACAGUUGUGAUAAUUGUCUUCCAGUCGGUUAAAAAAUUACUGCAAAAGGGAAGGAAUAUUCUCCUCACCAUUUUCUGUGGGGGUCAGGAAUAGAGAAACAAGCUUCUACUUCAUUAAGUAGAGGUAAGUUAAAUUCAACAAAACCACCAGUAGUGCUGACGGGCUGGAGCGCUGAGCACAGUGUGUUGCCCCUACCAUCGGUGGCUUUUACAGAAUCACAGAAUUGCAGAAUGUUUGGGGUUGGAAGGGAUGCCAAAGAUCAGCUAGCUCCAGCCUGCCUCCCAUGAACA